GUUGUCGGGGGCGUGUUUGGUAGGAUUUGCUCUCCUCCUUCGCCUGUCCUCCUCAACGUCCGCCUCCCCCCUCUCUCCCGGUUUUUUGAGAGUUGCAAGAUGUUCAGUUCUGAGUAGACACAGAACAAGGGGAAAGGUUGCCCUCAGUUGGGCAAUUACGUUAUCCGAGUAAAUGUACAGGCUACAUGUUACCCACAAACCAAGUGAUCAAGUGAACUGUAGCAAACUUCAAUCUUGAAACUGCGGAGUUUUUUCUGAAAUAGGUCUAUAUUAGCUUACUGUGCGCAUGGAAGAUCUGGAUGAGUGAAACUGAUGCAUCCUCUAUGCAGUAGGAAAAGUAAGAGUGACGCCUUUAUUUCAAGAAUAGUAGUAAAACAGGUUGCAUAGUAACCGAAACACGGGAUUCUACAAUGUACGCUGAUGCGGUGUGACUGCGUGGAUUCGGCUGUCCAAAGGAACAUAACGUGUGCUGAUCACCUGAUUCUGUUAGUGGAUGAGGAUCGGACAACCGCAGUAGCUACACGUAGUUAACUAACGUUAUUCAUCUGAGAAUUGCUACUGCCAGAGAGUUAAAAUAUGUGACGAAGUGUUAAUUCUGUACAAUCUACUACCAGAACGACCACAUUCGACCCCACCACGGCUGUCUUUUCGAUGGAAUAUAGAUUUUCUUUUUUUUAUUAACCCUAUUGGGUUCGCGCAUCGAGGAUCUUAAUAUUGUUGGAAUGGUACAACUAUUAUGUUUUGUAUUUUUGCUUCUUUAAUUAAAUGGAUUUUAUGAGUGAUGUGGCACUGCAGUAGGCUAGUCGGCAACAUAAAUCUUGUUUGAAACAUAAACGCGCUAACAGCACCUUCCUUCAGAGCAAAACCUGGGAUUUUGUUGGCAAGUACUUACAAAGGUGCCAUGCAUUCUGCGGUCUAGCUCCAUUGCAUAGGGGGAAACAAUUAUACGAAGUGGAAAAGGAAUAAUCAGUUGCCAUGAAUUUUAUGGAUUUUUACCUGUUGGCUGCCUUGGUUGCCUUCAUUUGGCUAGACCCUGCUGUAACUCAAGAGCUGAUCUACCCUAUUAGGGAGGAGUUGCAGGAAAACAUUCUUAUUGGAAACAUACCAAAGGAUCUGAACAUUUCUCAUACAAAUGCUGCAACUGGAAUGACUGCUAAUCUGGUCUACAGACUGGUUUCAAAAGCUGGAGAUAAACCUCUACUCAGAGUUUUAAGUAGUACUGGAGAAAUCUACACAACUUCAAACCGAAUCGACAGGGAAAAACUCUGCCCUGGCCCCUCCUAUGAGGACAGUGAAUGUUCUUUUGAGAUUGAGGUGGUCAUCCUACCAAAUGACUAUUUUAGGCUGAUUAAAAUUAAAAUUAUUGUCAAGGACACCAAUGACAAUGCCCCCAUGUUUCCCUCUCCGGUCAUAAACAUUUCCAUUCCAGAGAACACACUAAUUAAUAGCCGAUUCGCCAUCCCCUCGGCCACUGACCCAGACACUGGCUUUAACAGUGUGCAGCGCUACAAGCUAGUGAAUGGGCAGAAUGCCUUUGGCUUGGACAUUGUGGAAACUCCAGAGGGAGAGAAGUGGCCCCAGCUGAUAGUACAGCAGAACUUGGACAGAGAACAGAAGGACACAUAUGUUAUGAAGGUUAAGGUAGAAGAUGGGGGCAACCCGCAAAAGUCCAGCACUGCCAUACUUCAGGUUACUGUAACCGAUGUGAACGACAACAAGCCUGUCUUUAAGGAGAGCCAGAUUGAGGUCCACAUCCCAGAAAGCUCCCCUGUGGGCACAUCUGUGGUACAGCUGCUAGCCACAGAUGCAGAUAUUGGGGCCAAUGCUGAUGUCAGAUACUCUUUUGGUGCUCAGGUGUCCACAGCAACCAAACGACUCUUUGCGUUGAAUUCCACCUCUGGCCUUAUAACAGUGCAGAGACCAUUAGACAGGGAGGAAAUGGCCAUUCACAAAUUAUCAGUGAUGGCCAGUGAUGGCACUUCAAGUCCUGUUAAAGCCACAGUAACUAUUAAUGUGACAGAUGUGAAUGACAAUCCCCCAAACGUAGACCUGAGGUACAUUAUUAGUCCAAUUAAUGGAACAGUUUUCUUGUCUGAGAAAGACCCUAUCAAUACCAAGAUUGCCCUCAUCACAGUGUCUGAUAAGGACACAGAUGUCAAUGGGAAAGUAAUUUGCUUUAUUGAGAGGGAUGUCCCAUUUCACCUUAAGGCAGUGUAUGACAGCCAAUACUUGUUGGAGACUUCCUCAUUGCUUGAUUAUGAAGGAACCAAAGAGUACAAUUUUAAAAUUGUCGCGUCUGACUCCGGCAAGCCGAGCUUAAACCAGACAGCAUUAGUCAGAGUAAAGCUUGAAGACGAAAAUGACAACCCUCCCGUUUUCAGUCAGCCUGUAAUUGAAUUAGUCGUUAUGGAGAACAAUAAACGGGGUUCGUUUCUCACCACUAUCAGUGCCACCGAUGAGGAUAGUGGAAAGAAUGCGGAGAUUGUUUACCAGCUGGGGCCCAAUGCUUCCUUCUUUGACCUGGAUCGUAAAACAGGGGUGUUAACUGCCUCAAGAAUUUUUGACAGAGAGGAGCAAGAGAGAUUCCUUUUUACUGUUACGGCAAGAGACAAUGGGACACCCCCACUUCAAAGCCAGGCAGCUGUAAUUGUAACCAUAAAGGAUGAGAAUGACAACAGCCCUAAGUUUACGCAUAAUCACUUUCAGUUUUUUGUGUCAGAGAACUCGCCAAAGUACAGCACUGUCGGAGUGAUUACUGUCACAGAUGCCGACACUGGAGAGAACGCUGCUGUAACGCUUUCGAUACUGAGUGACAAUGAAAAUUUCAUCUUGGACCCUUAUUCUGGAGUUAUAACGUCAAAUGUUUCCUUUGACAGAGAGCAACAGAGCUCUUACACCUUUGAUGUCAGGGCUGAAGACAAUGGGCAGCCCCCCAGUUCUUCAGCUGCAAAGGUGACCAUUAAUGUCAUUGAUGUCAAUGAUAACUCUCCUGUCGUCAUUUAUCCUCCGUCAAACACAUCAUUCAAACUGGUUCCUCUCUCUGCUAUUCCCGGGUCAGUAGUUGCGGAGGUCUUUGCACUGGACGGGGAUACAGGGAUGAAUGCUGAGUUGAAGUACACUAUUGUAAACGGGAAUAGCAAGGGCUUGUUCAGGAUUGACCCGGUAACUGGUAACAUUACUCUUGAGGAGAAGCCAGCUCUUACUGACAUUGGCAUUCACCGCUUGGUGGUUAACAUCAGUGACCUGGGUUACCCGAAGUCCUUGCACACCCUGAUUAUGGUUUUUCUUUAUGUGAAUGACACGGUGGGAAACGUGUCCUACGUCCACGACCUCAUCCGGCAAACCAUGGAGACGCCUUUGGAUAGAAACGUUGGUGACAGCAAGCAGGCUUAUCAGAGCAGGGACUAUUUGACAAUUAUGAUCGCUAUCGUGACGGGGGCGAUGGUUGUGAUAGUGGUCAUAUUCUUCACUGUCCUGGUAAGGUGUCGCCACGCCUCAAGGUUCAAAGCAGCGCAGAGGAAGAAACAGGGCACAGAGUGGAUGUCCCCACACCAGGAGGGCAAACAGAACAAAAAGAAGAAAAGAAAGAAAAGGAAGUCACCUAAGAGCUCCUUGUUAAAUUUCGUCACCAUUGGGGAGACUAAGCCUGAUGACCCUGUACAUGAACCCAUUAAUGGCACCAUAAGCUUCCCGGCCGAGCUGGAGGAGCAGAGCAUAGGGCGUUUUGACUGGAGCGCCGUGCCUACAACCACCUUUAAACCCAGCAGCCCUGACCUGGCUCGGCACUACAAAUCUGCUUCGCCGCAGUCUGCUUUCCACCUCAAAGCUGACUCUCCGGUCUCUGUGAAAAAACACCACGUCAUUCAGGAGCUCCCCUUGGACAACACCUUUGUUGGGGGUUGUGAUACUCUGUCCAAGCGAUCCUCCACUAGCUCUGACCACUUCAGUGCCUCAGAAUGCAGUUCCCAAGGAGGGGUCAAGACAAGGGGUCCCAUGCACAACAGACAGGAAACUUUAACAAGAGCCCAAACUGAACUGAAUCCCGAAUAUCUGGACCUCCGAUCCCAAGGUGAACUGAAUCCUGAAUACUGGACCCCGUGCACACCCUUAUCGCAGCGGCGUGUGACCUUUCACCUGCCAGAUGGCUCCCAGGAAAGCUGCAGUGACAGUGGGCUUGGGGACCAUGAGUCUGCCUGCCCCAGAGUGCCUCUUUCAUACCCUCUCCCCCUGGUGCAGCCACAGGAUGAAUUCUGUGAGCAAGCCUCCCCCGACAAGAGAACCGAAGCCGAUGGCAACUCCGACCCCAACUCCGAUGGUCCUCUUGGACCCAGAGGCCUAGUUGAAGCCACAGAGAUGUGCACACAAGAAUGCCUUGUUUUGGGCCAUUCAGACAACUGUUGGAUGCCUCCAAGUCUGGGAACGUAUCCCUCUGAUUCACCUGUUUCCAACUUUGCCAAUCACAAGGAGUGGGCCAAAGAAACACUACUGACUGGGGGCACAUUGACCAGGACCUGGGCUAAUGAUGGCUCUCGGGUCCAGUUUGGGGACAGAAAGCAGUUUGGGAGUGCUGAAGGACAUUUUAACAACGCUGGUCAAAUGACAGACAUUCCCCUGGCGAGCCUAAAGUCCUAUAAACAUGCAUCAAGGAGGGACAGUCCAAAGUAACACCAGCUUUAAAAAAAUAAUUGGUGAGGGCAAUGACCUGAUGUUGUUCUUAUUUAAAACGAUGCCAUUGCUAUGUGAUAGGUACAUGUAUGAAGUAGAUCUCUUGUGCUUGAGCCAGAAGUAUAGUGUACUAUCUUAAUUAUUUCAACACUAUAAACCAUCUUUUCAAAAAAUCUACAGCUAUCAUUUUUCACAGGCAUUUUCAGUGCCUCCUGUGUCUCCUCACCAAUAUUAGGAUUUUUUAUAACAUGGAUGAAUUAUUUUUCAGUAUACACCAAUAUUGUAAUUGUCGUUAUUGAGCCGUUUGGGUACUGUAGUAAUAAACGCAAUUGAAGAAAAGUGACCAAGUAAGAACAUGUUGUACUAUUAACGUAUAUUGUUGAAAUGUUUGUAAAUAGGACAGUUUCAUACUAACCAAUUUAAUGCACUUCUUAUACAUAUUUAAAGUAGGACCAUGUUUUUUGUUUGUUACAUCUUGUUUAGCAUUGCAUUUUAUUUUAUUUUUUUUUAAAGUAAUAUUUUAGGUAUUUCCAAAGCAUAAGGAACUGAAUAUUUACAUUAAAAACAAAAAAAACACUUGUUUGUGGGGAAAAAAAAAUAAAUAAUUGUGACCAUAAAUCAGAUCUUUCUUUAAACAAACAGAUGUAAUAUAGUUAAACAUGCCAGAAUUAUUUAUAUAUGUAUAAAUAUGUAUAAAAUGGAAAGAGUUGGGCCUUAUUGUGUGAUUUAAAGAAAAUACAAGAAAACUUUGCUCACAGGGGAAAUUUAUUUUUUUCUUUUUAACCUGUUGAAUUUAAUUGGUAGAUAAAAAAUAAAAAAUCACGAAAUGUGUUCUAAGGGGAAUGGGUUAACAUUUAAUUAACCAAAACUGCAAGUGGAAAAUUGCUUAAUAUAGAUGUCUUCGAAAAUGUAUGGCAACUUUAAGGCCUACAUUUCACUAUUGGAUGUUACUGUUACCCUUUCUCCCAGUUCAAGGUUUUCUUGAGUGCCAGAUUUUUCAUCUGUUGUGCCUUCAUAUCUUCAUAUCGAGUUUUGUGUUAAUAAGAAUGACCCAGAGAUCUCACAGACAAAAUUGCACCACCUGUAGUGCAGUGAUACUCCAAUACAUGUCCUAAUGAAGUAAAAUAAACUGGCAAAAUACCUGACUAAUCACUAUUAAUAAUUAUUUAGCAUUCAUUCACAUAUAAUUAUGGAACUAUGCUUAAAUUGUGGUAUAGGUAUGUUUGGGCAAUGUAUACAUUUCAUUCAGCUAAGUAAAUGUUUUCCGGCACAAUAUGAUUUGUUAAUUGAGAUUGUGAAAUAUUUAAGGGGGUUACUCCUAUUAUGGAAGAACUGAAAAUCUGAAUUCGUCCAACAUUGCAAUAUUUUGCUUUCCUCUCAGUUUUCCUUGAUAAACUCAUAUGCUUUAGGUGCAUGUCUCUUCAUUGUACGUAUACAUAUAGAUUUAAAUAAUAACAAUGUGAAGACUUUAAAUGUUACCAAUUUAUUGUAAAAAAAAAAAAAAAACAUUGCUUUGUUUUUUUAUUUAUUUAUUUAUUGGCCUUCUGUCAUAGCAUUUUAUUGUAAGUAAAUUAUAGGACCUGUGUACAUUGCAGUCCUUCAAUAUUUGCUCAAGAAAAGGCUUUUUGAGUCAUUGCUUCUGAAACUGUUUCUGAAUUCUGAAAAUCUCAUUAUGAUUCAUACCCAUUUCUAGAUUUGUUCUCCAGUUGAUCACAGCCAGGUACUUUGAUAAAUUUCCACUGAAUUACAAGGUGCAAAAAUGUCGCUGUCACUGAAAUUCAGGUUGUACUGCCAAGUGAUUUGAAAAAAAAAACGAUUUAUUUGAAGACAUUAUUCACUACUAAGCUUGAACUGCUUAGCGUUUCCUUAACAAUGUUGAUAUUUCUUAGUUCAUUUUAUUUAUUAUAUGUAGUUAUAUUCAAGUUUGGAAGUCUUUUAAUUUGGUACAAGGAACCACCAUUACACUAUAAUAUUAUUGAUAAAUAUUGACACAAAACGUGAAAUGGCCCUUCACACAAGAACCCCACUUCUAGCUGUGGAGUGAACCAAUAAGGAUUAAGAAUAUGAUGGAAACAACCCCACUGUGCUUGCCUUGAGUGUCAAUCCAUUAUCCACAUUCAUUUAUCCAGUAGGAUAGGAUAAAUGGUUGAACUGAAAUUCUGUCCACAAAGAGGCAAACGUGACACCACAGACUGGAAUAUUACCAUUUCAGUGAGAGCAUGAAUAUUUUGACCUCAGGAUCAGCAGAAAUUUAGACUGUGGUAUAUCUAGUGAGGAUGAGAUGGAAAGGAUAAAGAUUUUCUGUGGCCUGCAUUUCUAUGUACCAAGCCUCGGUUACUCUAAUCCGUUAUCCAUAAUAAAGCAUACAGUAUGCCUUUUCUCUCCAUUCACUUCUAAGCUGUGGUGGCUGAGGGUUAGUUUUUAAUUAGUCACAAGCAAAAAUCUCGAUUACCAGACAUAAUGAAAAAUGUAAAUAGUCUCAAGUUAAAGAACUAGCAAAAAUUCACAAUUCAUAUUUUCCUGACCUUGUUUCAACAUACUAUAGAUUACUUUCCAUGCUAGAUCAAUCUAUUACAAGCAACCGACUAUCAGUAUAAUGGCACUCUUCACCUAGUCAAGAAACAUAAUGUUUUCUGGUUUAUAUUUAUGUUAUAUUAAUGUAUUUAAUGACAUAAAUAUUCCAUAUUUGUCUUGUUUCUCAAUGAUGAUCUUGGAUCUUGAUAGAACAAAUUUAGAUUUAAUCCACUUCAUAGUUGUUACUAUGUGCACUGAAUUUGUGGACCACAUCUCAAUUGUCCUAAACUUAUGUAAAUAUCAGCCUGACUAGGGUGACACGGGAUGUGGUUUGCUAAUAAACCAGUGAUCAGCUACUUCUUAUGAUUUAGUGUAGUUUGGGCUCCAAUUGGAGGCAAUGAUACAAGUCAACUGAAAAACUGACCUAUUGUUUAAUGGUGGCUAAAUCUUUAUCGACCCAGAUUACCUCAUGUGAUAAUAAAAUGGUGCAGAAGGAUAGAAUAGAUAGAAUAGAAGGUUAAUAAAAUGUAUUAAACAAAAAAAAAACAUCUGAAUUAAAAUCCUAAAAGGCUAAAUAUAGGAAAAGGGGACUUAAUGUAUAGUCAUGUGCGUGUUCCCCAGUACACAAGGAGGAAAUAUGAAUCCAAUUUUAGCAUGUGGGGAAUGGCAUGUACAAAGGGCUACUGAAGUUAGUGACAUCUAGCUAAUCUCAGUGCCCCUUGGCAUUCUAAAUAUGCAAGACCAUAUAUCAAAUGAGUAUAUAUUAGUGAAGGAGAAAUCGCAUGCACAGAUCUUGGUUGAAAGGAAGGCAGAUUGUAAGCUAAUGUUAAGAAUAGAGUAGCUAUAUGUGUGAGCUAGCUAUGCGGGGCUAGUUGCCUGUAGCUAACUAACAAGUAAUCUGAUAUAAUCUAAAACAGCUGGAUCUCUGUUGUCCUGUCUAUAAAAGCCAGUCUCCAUCCUGGUUUUCUUGCAGAUUUUUCCACCCUUUGGGUAAGCCUGGAAGCUGGGCUAGCUCGCUGUCGCAGGAAUGCAUAUAGGAUACUCACGUUUAUUUGUUGCCAUUUUGCAGAAUUAUAUCAACAUGUAAAGUUAGUAACUAAACUGAUCCCAUGUGGAUACAGUUCCUUUAGCUUACUUGCAGUAUAACUAACAUGUUUAUGCUAGAGUUAUACACCACUUGCUGUGGCUAUAACUCAAGAGAGACAGAGCAUCUCGAUGUGUGUUCCUUGACAGGCAGGCCUUUGCUCACUUUAGGCCUAUGCCCUUAGAGGCAGUGCCUUGCGCACAGCUCUCCUGUUGAGCAGCAAAUAAAGAAGAUGAACAUGUACAAGAACACAGAUUUUACAGGCAUCCACAGGGAGUACCCAGCCCAUGUGACCAGGUUCUCCCAUCAUGUAAUCAUGACCUCAGCCUGUCCUGUUUAUCCAAAAUGUCCCUACACAAGUAUACCCCAAAAAGUAUGACUUGAAGGAUUUUCGUUCCCAGUUAAUCAAUAAUGGCAACCACUUUUACAUUAGUGAAUAAUGUCUUCUAAACAUGUUUCAGGUAGUCAACAAACUCAUAAAACAUUUACCAGUGUAAAAAUAAAUACACAUUAUCUCAGAAGCAUGUAGAGCAUAAAAUACAUUUAAGGCACGAUGGCCACUUUCAACAAUGGAGUAGCAUGCAAAAAGAAAUGUGUUUCAAUUAGGUUGCAGUAUUUUUAAACAACUUGUAUAUAAUGGGGGUAAUCAUUUUGUUCAAUUCCAUGUUUUUGUCAAAAUGUAAAAAGAAAUCCCUAUGGAUUGGAUUGAAUUGCAUACUGCAGCAUAUUUGUCAAUUGUGGGGGUGUUUAACAUCAAAUAUUUAAACUAUUACCCUUGUUAUUGCUAUACAAGUAUCAUGUUGUUGCAAUAAAUGUUUUCAAUAUGUUCAAACUUGUUUUGC